AUGGCAACCACAGAGGAGCGACCAAAACUCAUAGUUGGUGUUGAUUUCGGAACAACCUUCAGCGGCGUUGCCUGGGGAUUGGAAGACUGCCCUGAUGAUAUUGAGCUCAUUCAGACAUGGCCAGGUGGUGGCAACAUCACAAGUCAGAAGGUCCCAACCCUAUGUUUCUACGAUGGCAAGCACAUGAAAUGGGGUUAUCAGACUGAACAGUCGAUCCAUCCGGGCAAGGAGCAGCGGCUCAUCCAAGGAGUUAAGCUGUUGCUAGAUGGAAGCCAGAAAUUUCGCUACGCACCUGCUUCUGACUCUCAGAAAAUUAUCAAAGACCUGCGUAAAACGCCGAUGGAGGUGGUUGGGGACUACUUGGGAAAAUUAGUCGCCCACGCUCAUGAGGUCUUGACACGUCGCUUUGGAACGGCGCUGCAAAGCAUGGACUUGGAAUAUAUCCUCACUGUUCCCGCUGUGUGGUCUGACAAAGCCAAAGAUCUUACUAUGCAGGCGGCACAUCGAGCUGGUAUGUCGCCUGGAAAUUUGAGACUCUUGUCUGAACCGGAGGCGGCUGCGGAAGGAGACUGCUUGGUUGUCUGUGAUGCUGGAGGUGGAACAGUCGACAUCAUUACCUAUCGCGUCAAGGAAACCAACCUGUUAAGGUUUGAGGAGGCCACAAAUGGAACUGGCGCUGUUUGUGGCUCAGUGAUGUUGGAUGAGAGAUUUGACGCACUUAUCAAAGACAUCAUUGAGAAACAGUCAGAUCAACCGAUCCCCCAGUCUACUGUAAGGGCAGCAAGAAAGUACUGGCAAGACUACAUCAAGCCUGGUUACACAGGUCCUCUCGACGACGAUGAGAUCUGUGAGCCAGGAUAUUGGAUCCCAGUCCCUGGGGUUUCGGGGAUCUCUAACGUCGAGCUUAGUGAGGGGCACUUAUAUCUAGACAAAGACCAAGUGAAAGGAAUUUUCGAUCCUAUCAUCGAGCAGAUUGAGGAACUGGUCGCCGAGCAGAGAAUGAGCGUGAAGGAAGCAGGUUUUUCAACCAAGGCUAUUAUUCUAGUGGGGGGCCUUGGAGCCUCGGAGUAUCUCUUUAAGCGCCUACAGGCUGCUUCCGACGGCAUCCAAAUCAUGCAGCCCCCGAACGCGUGGUCUGCUGUUGCUAGGGGCGCCGUUAUCCGUGGCCAGGAAGGCAACCAAGUAGAAAGUCGCAUUGCCAGAUGCAGCUAUGGCGUUAAUGCGAGAACCCCGUUUAAUUCUACAAAGCAUCGCGCAGAUGAAAACCUCAUAUGGUGUCCUUAUGAAGAGGAAUGGAAGAUGGACAAUCGUAUGAAAUGGUAUAUCAUUAAAGGAAACCCCGUGGCCGAGAGUGAGCCAAUAAGGAUGAACUUCUACCGUACAGUCGGCCCUGGCCAAUCUUUUGUAUUUCUGUCAAACUUUUGGUUUUGCCAGAUAGCCACACCCCCCGAAGAGAUGGAUUCCAGUGUUGCAGAACUGUGUGUGCUGGAGGCAGAUCUGAGCAGAAUCCCGAAAGAGCUUUUUGAAAAGAAGAGGAACUCCAGAGGGAAACAAUUUUACCACGUCAGCUACGAUUUGGUUUUAACGCCAACCUCUGCAUCGCUGUUGUUUGACCUACAAUUUAAUGGUGUCUCCUAUGGGAGCGUGAGAUCUCGCUAUUGA